UGCGAGGGGCACCUUAUAACAAGGCCCCAACAUCAAAAACCCCGGAGUGCCCCGGAACCUCUUGCCCUAUCCCACCCUUCAAAAUGAUGCUCUUGAAGACGUUCUUCGCUUGUUGGAUCGCGCUCCUUGUCUCUGGUGCCCCGACGGAAGAACAACUGGAGAAGAGGCAGAGGGCUGCUGUUAUCACGCGUUGCACCGUCGCAAACACGGCGGCUCUGACUUUUGAUGACGGUCCUUACUGGUACAUGUACGAUCUCAGCAGGCUCCUGAAGGCCAACAACGCGACGGGAACCUUCUUCUUCAGUGGGAACAAUUGUGGAUGUAUUUACAGCGAGGACAACGUCAAGCGGGUCAAAUACGCCUAUAACCAAGGUCAUCAAAUCGCUUCCCAUACUUGGGCCCACAGGGACCUGACCACGCUGACCUGGGAUCAAAGCCACGAUGAGAUGUGGAAGGUCGAAUGGGCACUUCGACGGAUAACUGGAGCUGUUCCUGCAUUCAUGCGACCUCGCUAUGGCAACUACAACAACCUUGUCUUGGAUGCUUCUGGAAUCCGUAAACAGUCAGUAGUCAUCUGGGACUUCGAGUCUGGCGACUCCGUUGGAGUUAGCCCUGCCGACCAGAAGACGAGGUAUACUCAACUGGCCAACCGUCGUCCCAGCACCAUCUUGGCUCUGAACCACGAAGUUCAUGGUUCCACUGUGUUCGAUGUUAUCCCCCAUGCCAUCAAUCAGCUACGUGCAAAGGGCUACAGGCUCGUGAGCGUCGCCGAAUGCCUCGGCCGUGCUCCUUAUCAAAGUGUCGGCGCGCCUGAGACUCGCACGGCUGCCUGGACAUGCUGAA